GUUAUUACUCAUGAUAAUUUGAUGCUUGAAAGAGAGAAAUUGGCUGAUAUGAAAGAGCAAUUCUGGAGGGAUAAAUCAAGAAUUCAAUGGAGCGAGGAAGGUGACAGAAACACUAGUUACUACCAUAGGAUUGCUAAGAUUCGAAGAAGAAGAAAUACUUUCAACAGCCUAAAAAUCAAUUCGGUUUGGGUGGACGAUAAGCUUCAAAUUAAAAAUGGCAUUUUGGAUCAUUUUAGCUCCAGAUUCAAACUCUCUGAUACUUCUAAUACUUCUGUUGGGGAUUUGGAUUUGAAGACACUCUCUUCCGAGGAUGCUGCUUCGUUAGAAAGACCUAUUCUCGAAGAGGAAGUGGUAUCAUCUCUAAAACUUCUUGGUCAGAAUAAGGCCCCGGGUCCAGAUGGUUUUCAGGUUGGUAUUAUCUUAAAAUGUUGGAGCUUCAUGAAGGAUGAUAUUAUGAGAAUAGUGAAAGAUUUCGAGAACUCUGGGAAGAUUGAUUGGCAUUUGAAAUCCACCUUCCUUGCAUUAAUCCCAAAGAAGCAAGUGGUCGAGGAGAUUAAAGACCUGAGGCCCAUCAGUUUGACUAGCACUAUUUACAAAGCCAUCUCAAAAAUUCUAGCUGAGCGUCUUAAGGAUCUUGAGGGUCUGGCGGAUAUAUUGGGUUGCUCCUGUGAUAGCUUCCCUACUCAAUACCUCGGUAUGCCACUUGGAGAUAAAGCUAAUUCUGCUGCUAAAUGGGACAGAAUUGUGGAGCUUUGUAAGGCAAGAUUAGCCUCUUGGAAGCGAAGAAUUCUCACUAGGGCUGGUAAGCUCACUCUUAUAAAAAGCGUUCCUCAAAGUAUUCUAAUCUAUUAUUUCUCUUUGUUCAUGGCUCCUUCUAAAGUCAUAAAUUCCAUUGAGAAAGUUAUUAGAAAUUUUUUAUGGGAUGAGUCGGUUGAAUCUAAGAAACAUCAUUGGGUAGGUUGGAGGAAUGUUUGUAAACCGAUAAAUAUUGGUGGCUUGGGUAUUAGAAGUUUAAAGCAUCUAAACUGCUCUCUUCUCCAAAAAUGGUGGUGGAGACUUGGUAAUGAACCUAAAGCUCUAUGGUCAAGAGUUGUUAAAGACAAACAUGGUCCGGUAGACUUGGGAUGGAGAACUCACAAGCCUAAGGGGAAGCAUGGCAUCAGUUUGUGGAGGAAUAUCUACUCAACUGCCGAAGAUUUCUUCAAGCUCUGCCAAUUUAAGAUUGGUAAGGGCGAUAGAGUACGUUUAGGGGAAGAUAAAUGGUGCAUUCAAGGUCCACUUUAUGCCCUUUUCCCUAGUCUUUACAACAUUUCUAGCACCAAAAAUACUUGUAUCUUCGCAGCUUAUCAUGAUAGUGCAAAUGGCUUUUAUUGGAUCUUGGGGCUUAGUCAUAGAAGACGUCUGUAUGAUAAUGAGAUUUCUGAACUUUCAGUUAUGUUGCCUUUGCUGGAGUCGAUUGUCUUUCUACCUAAUGAAGAGGAUCAGUUGGUUUGGUUGGGUGACAAGAAAGGAAUGUUUACUGUCAAGGCGGCGUAUGCACAUCUUUCUCAAGGUACAAACCCUCCUAUUUCUUUUCCUAGCUCUAAAGUGUGGUCCAGGGCUUGGCCACAUCGUGUUGGUUUCUUUCUUUGGAAAGUGUGCUUGAAUAGACUGCCCACUCUUAGUAAUCUUCAUCAUAGGCGUACCGCACUGCACUCUCCCAGUCUAUGUUAUUUGUGUGGCAUUGCCGAAGAAACCGAAGACCAUUUACUCCUGCAAUGUCCCUUUUCCUUGCGUGUUUGGAAUUACUUUAUUGGUUUGGCUGGUGGUGGGACCUUGCUUCAAACGGUGAAAGAUGUCAUUGUGGGUUGGAAAAACUUCCCCUUUUCUGCUCAAGGUCUUCAACUGUGGAAAAGACUCCCUGCAGCCAUUCCGUGGGCUUUAUGGAAAGCUCGGAAUGAUAUCGCUUUCGAAAGAAAACCUUUCAAGGUGAAUGAUGUUAUUAGAAACAUUAAAAUGGAUGCUUUCAAUUGGUCUAGGGGUUUAGAUUGUUUUAAGGGUAUUAAUACCUCUACUGUUAUUGUUGGGUGGGCGCAUUUCUUUUUAAAUCCUCCCUAAGUUGUUCUUUUGUAUUUAGGUUUGUUGUUGGGAUUUUCCCUUCCUGUUGUUGGGUUUGAGUCUGUUUUCCUAGCCUUCCUGGCUAGUGGGUUAUGUAUUCUUUCAUUCUUUAAAUAGAAUGAUUUUUUUAGGGACGAUGGUUUUUUU